CGGAAGCGCCUGCGCGGGGCUGCGGAUCGCGGGGCUGUGCGCCCUUGGACCAUGGCGACCCAGGCGAAGCGCCGGCGGGUGGCAGGGCUUGCGGGCUGCGAGGACCCGACCCCGGUGGCCGGCUUCCUGAGGUGGUGCCGGCGGGUGGGACUGGAGCUGAGUCCCAAGGUGGCGGUGAGCCGGCAGGGCACGGUGGCCGGCUACGGCAUGGUGGCCCGGGAGAGCGUGCAGCCGGGGGAGCUGCUGUUCGCGGUGCCGCGGGCCGCACUCCUGUCGCAGCACACCUGCUCAAUCAGCGGCCUGCUGGAGCGAGAGCGAGGCGCGCUGCAGAGCCAGUCGGGAUGGGUGCCGCUGCUGCUGGCGCUGCUCCACGAGCUGCAGGCCCCGGCCUCGCCCUGGAGCCCCUACUUUGCGCUGUGGCCCGAGCUGGGCCGCUUGGAGCACCCCAUGUUCUGGCCAGAGGAGGAGCGCCGGCGAUUGCUGCAGGGCACCGGCGUACCCGAGGCCGUGGAGAAGGAUUUGGCCAGCAUCCGCAGCGAGUAUUAUUCCAUCGUGCUGCCCUUCAUGGAAGCCCACCCCGAUCUUUUCAGCCCCAGGGUUCGCUCUCUGGAACUGUACCGCCAGCUCGUGGCUCUUGUGAUGGCCUACAGCUUUCAGGAACCACUGGAGGAAGAGGAUGAUGAAAAGGAGCCAAACUCCCCUUUGAUGGUGCCUGCUGCAGACGUACUAAACCACUUAGCCAAUCACAAUGCCAAUCUAGAAUACUCUCCAAAUUGUCUUCGGAUGGUGGCCACUCAGCCCAUUCCUAAGGGCCAUGAGAUUUUCAACACUUACGGGCAAAUGGCUAACUGGCAGUUGAUUCACAUGUAUGGUUUUGCUGAACCGUAUCCUGACAACACGGAUGACACGGCUGACAUUCAGAUGGUGACGGUUCGUGAAGCAGCAUUACAGGGAACAAAAGUUGAAGCUGAAAGGCUCCUACUGUAUGAACGCUGGGAUUUCUUAUGCAAACUGGAGAUGGUAGGGGAAGAGGGAGCCUUUGUGAUUGGGCGGGAGGAGGUGCUGACAGAAGAGGAACUGGCCAUGACACUCAAGGUACUGUGCAUGCCUGCUGAGGAGUUCAGAGAAUUUAAAGACCAGGAUGGAUGGGGAGAUGAUAAAAGGGAAGAGGACAGCCUGACAAUCACAAAUAUCCCCAAACUCAAAGCAUCAUGGAGACGGCUUCUUCGGGACAGUGUUUUGUUGACCCUGCAAACCUAUGCCACAGACUUAAAAACUGAGCAAGAUUUACUCAGUAGUAAGGAGGUCUACGCCACACUGAGCUGGAGGGAACAACAAGCCUUACAGGUUCGUUAUGGUCAGAAGAUGAUCUUACACCAAUUGUUGGAACUGACAAAUUAGCAGGUUCCCUUUUUCCUGAAGAAUGUCCAGGAGAAGAACUCUCUGCUAAGCUGGUACACACUGAUGCUUGAAAAGGAGGAUAACUUGGACCUUUUGUUUUGAAUUUCAUACUAAAUACCAAAAGGAAAAGUAGCAAAACUGUUGUCUAGGAUGAAUUCCAAGGUAAGAGUGACAUGCUGAAGGAUGACGUGGGAACUGCUGCUUAUUGUUAUGAACACUAAUAAAUUUUAUAGCUGUUUGGUUCUCAGUUUGAUCCAAAGUUGGCAGAAAUGUGAUAGGGAUACAUUUUGUUGUAGUCUGGCAUUUAAUAACAUGGACUUUGAAAGUAGAUGUGGUUCAAAUCCAGGUCUAUUUUCAACAAGUCACUUUCCCUUUUUUAACAACUGUUUGUUUCCUGUUGGACGAUUUAAUAAGCUGUGUCACUGGGACUCUGAGCAAUUGUUUAAAUUCCUUAAGCAGCCUAGAUGGCACAACUCACCCUUAAGACACCAGUGACAUUCAAGUCCCCGUGUAAGAUUUCUACUAUUUAAUCUUGAACCUUCUUUUUGUCCUCUCUGGCCAUAAA